UUUUGUAGUAAUCAGGUUAGAUAGAUCCAGAUCGAGCGGUAUAAAUUCGUGGACUAAAACUCUUGAUAGGGAAAAGAUGUUCUUCGGUCCUAGAUGCCAUUUUGAGAACAUGCACAUCAUGUUUCGGAUGAAAUAUACCAUGAAGAUGCUGUUAUCAACGUCACUGGUUACAUUACAGUGUGUUUCUCCCUCCGUCUACAUUAUUUCACCAUGGCAGCUGUCAACCGGCGGAAUAUUAGCAAAGCGGGGUCUAUCAAGCUGUGUUUACUGAGUUAAUACGACAUUGACAUGAGGAGAUGUCUGUUUACUGUCUCUGUCGAGACAUGUAACGGUUACCGUGAGUUUUUUCCAGACUGACGAUCUUUCAGCAUCUCUCCCAAACCAACGUCUCCUUGACUGACUCAGUGCCACCCACUCUUGUGUCGGAGGAGGCCAGCUCCGCUUCCAACCUCCAUGGCUUUUGUGAGCCUUGUCUGCACUCCCCCAACCCCCGUUCUUGACAAAAACAUGACAGACUCUGAACUUGCAGAGGAGGAAAGAGAGGAUGGCGAGCUGGAAGAUGGAGAGAUAGAUGACGAAGGGAUUGGGAUUGAGGAGGAGACCAAAGAAGUGGCGAAUGAGGAAAAAGAGAAAGUGAAGGAAAAAGAAAAAGAUGACAAGUCACACAGACACUCCAGAAAACGAUACAAAAAAACAAGAGAAAAAGAAAAGAGGAGGUCGAAGAGGAGGAGACACGACAGACAGAAGCACCACUCCCCCUCCAGUAGCUCCAGUUCUGACAGCUAUGACUCGGACCUUGACCGCCCAGAGAGAGAGAGGCCCAGGGCCAGGAAGGGCAGCACCCGUGAUCCUGACAGCCUCUCAGCCAAGCCGGGGCGAGAGUCGAGAGGGAGCCAUGGCAACAUGCCGAGGUCCCCACAGGGCAGGUAUAGUGACUACAGCGAGGAAGGAGAGGGAGGAGGAGGAGCAGAGGGGGAGGAGUACGUUGGAGACCCCAGCCAGGGCCGAGGGAGGCAGAACAAGGACCACAAGCGAGGAAACUCGAGGGCUCAACACAAACAACAACAACAAAAGUUCAGUCAACGGGGGCGUGGCCGAGGAGGAGGUGUGGCCAGAGGGCGUGGCAUCAUCAGCAAGAACCGAAAGCUGAAGGGGAAGAACUGGGGGCGUGGCCGAGGCCGGGGGGCUGAGUUAGGUGGAGAUGGGAUCAAGCAGUUGCCAUGGUGUCCACAGGAGGGAAGGGAGUUGAAGGGAUCCCAAGGGUUCCAGAAGAAACGACCAAUCAUGAGCAAGGAAUUUAUCAGCCAGCACACCGUGGAGCACAACGGCAGAAACAUCUGCAAGUACUUCCUGGAGGGCCGGUGCAUCAAGGGAGAGCAGUGUAAAUUUGAACAUGAACUGGUGGUUCCAGACAAGAAGAAGGAGUUGUGUAAAUUCUACCUCCAUGGCUACUGCAGCAAAGGAGACCACUGCAUUUACAUGCACAGUGAAUAUCCAUGUAAGUUCUUCCACACAGGAGCCAAGUGUUACCAAGGCGAUAACUGCAAGUUUUCCCAUGAGCCUCUGACUGAUGUGACCAGAGAGCUGCUGGACAAGAUCAUCAACAUCGAGGAGGAGAUUGCCCACGAGGAUGAGUUGGAGCUGGAGGACUUAAGGAAGCAGGGCAUCUCCCCCCUCCCCAAGCCCCCCCCUGGAGUGGGGCUCCUGCCCACACCCGGCCCCAGCAGCCCCACUGAGGCGGCUGGUGCUGGUCCUGGUCCUGGUGCUGGCCCUGGUGGCAGGAAGAUUCCAUCCUUGUUUGAGAUCAAGGUCCAGCCCACAGUGGAUCUGGCUCACAAAAUAGGCCUGAGUGGCUCCAGCUUCUCUCCUCCAGGAGGUCAGUUUCAGGGGGAGGGGGGGACAGAGGAUAUGGAGAAUGCGGGUCUGAUGCCACCGGACCCCAACGCUCCCCCACCCCCUGUCUCCCCAGGCCCCAUGGGGGUACCUCUUCUUCCCCAAACGGGUCCCCCCGUGCCCCAGAGCCCGCCUGGACUGUUCCCCCCGCCCGGUUUCCCCAUGCCCCCCCCAGGUCCGCCCCCUCCCUUCCCCAGGCCCCAAAUGAACAUGCAGGUGCCAUCCUUUCCCCCAAUGCCAGACCUACAGAUGCUCCAGAACCUGCACUUCCCAGGCCUCUGCCAGAGCAUGGGCCAGAGCAUGGGCCAGAGCAUGGGCCAGAGCAUGGGCCAGAACAUGGGCCAGAACAUGGGCCAGAACCCGGCUGAGUUUAUGAGUAACUUCUUCAGGAGUCAAGCCAUGGAUGCAGGAGUGGAUCUGAGCCUGGCUGUCCUUCAGUCCUCCGUCCAGCAGGGCGGUGCUGAGCCCCAGAUACAAAACCUCCCUCCCGCCAUGCAGAAUGCCCUCUUCUUCCAUCUCAGCCAUCAGCAGGGGCAACAGCAAGGGCAACGACAGGGGCAGAAUGCUGCUGCCAGCAGAAACAAAGACGAGCCUGUUGAUUGGUACUCCAGCGAUGAGGAGGAAGGUAGCGGUGUGACGGCCAUCCUCCGGUCUCUGCAGAAACAGCCACCCCCCCACCCUGGCCCCCGCCUAAAGGAUCGGGGGGCCCCCAGCGACCCCCGGACCAAGACAGACCCCCGCCAGCAACCCCCAGACCAGAGGAAAGACGCAGAGUCAGCUCUGGACCCUCGCCUGACCAGAGACCCCCGUAAGCCACGUCCCCCAGCCCCCCUGCGCCACGGCAGGCCUGGCCCCGGGGAGGAGGAGGAGGACGGGGAGAGGGAGCUGAGGGACAGGGCGGUGCUCAUCCCCAUGGAGGCCAGCCCUGGGGCGUCCCUCCGAGACCCCCGCUCAAAGCUGCAGCAGUGCAGCCACAUCCGAGUGGAUGUGCUGCUGCCGAGGCCUCCCUGGGCCCUUGCGGUGGUGUGGGCCCCCGAGGACCUCAUCCCCCUGCUGAUCCCUAGGCAGGACCCCUCCAUCAACCUGCCCCUUCCCCCACUCAUUGCGGACGCGCAGAUGAACCGCGUCCCUGCCCACCCUGUCUCCUCCCCCAAACCCGUUUCUUCACCCCCACCAAUCGACCCACGCCUCGCGGCUGCCAGGCUGAAGGAGGGUGUGCGGCGUCCAUCGCGGAGCUCCAAGCCGCUGGACCCCCGCCUGGGCCGCUCCACCAGCCUGGAUGCCUCGCCAGCCUGCCUGAAGGAGGGGGGAGGUGGGGACCCCAGACUGAACCAGGCUGGCUCCUCUCACACCCCCUCUACCCCUCUUGCCGCUCACAGGGCUGAACCUGAGCGGCUGCCCCCCUAUGCCCCCCGCCUGGCCCCUGGGGGCGGUCUGGAGGGUCUGGGCGGCAUCAGCCUCUAUGACCCUCGCAGCCAGGCGCCCCCCCCCCUCAGAGACCAGACUGAGACCCUCAGGAAGGCUGGUAUCCUGAAACAAAUUGACAAGAGAGACACCCCCCCUCCACCAACGUCCCUCUCCCCCAGGACUGCCCCAGUAGCUGGGCUGGAGCCCACAGAGGGAGGCAAUAGUCCCUCUGACAGCUCCAGGCCCGGCUCCCAGCUCCCUGCCCCCCCAGAGUCCCUCAGCCCCCCAGCCCAGCCCCCUGCCCUGCACCACCUACCCAUACAAGCCCUGGCUGGUCUGAUCAGACCCCCCUACACAGAUCCGCGCCAGGCCCGUCUGGGGGGACCACAGAGGAAGGGGGGGGCACAGGGAGACGAGGGGGAAGAGAAGGAGGUGGCAGAAGAGGAGAGAGAGGUAGCGGAGAUGGAGAAGGAGGGAAAGGAGGAGAAAGGAGGUGAGGAGGUAAAUGAUAGACCACUGAAAGAUGUGUUCAAGACGUUUGAUCCAACUGCUUCCCCUUUCUGCCAGUGAACCUUUUUAGUCAACACAAGUGAACCAGUGAACACUCCUGAGUUAGUGAACACGAGUAAACACUCCUGAGUUAGUGAUCACUAGUGAACACUCCUGAGUUAGUGAACAUGAGUGAACACUCCUGAGUUAGUGAACAUGAGUGAACACUCCUGAGUUAGUGAUCACUUGUGAACACUCGUCCUGCUUGGUGAUAUGUACACAUUUUAUCUAAAAUGUAUAUUUUCUGAAUAUUGAAUACACAUGUAUGUACCAUGACUGAGCUUUACAUAUUUAUUUAUUUGUACUGUUCAUAACUGAUCUAAGGAGAAUAUUAUUACAUUAUUGCACAUAAACAGAUCUGUAGUCAUUAUUAAACGUUAAACUGGCACUUCAGAGCCCGCUGACUUUGUUAGGGUUAAAUAGUCUUCAAUCUGCAAAUGUGAGAAAAUGUAUAGGGGGAAGGGGGGGCUGUAAUGUGAUUUAAGUAUAAAAGUGUAGAAAUGAGAGGAAACUGUCAUAGUUCACAAGAGACUCCAGUUGUUAUUGAGGGAGAUAACUAACAAUGCUGAGCAGAACUCUCUUUUAACCCUUUCUCAUUUUCUGUUUCCGUAUUAUUAAGUAAAAGUGUUGCAUUCAGAGCGUCAGCAAUGUGAUGUUCUGCGUCACUUGGUUGUUGUGAUUCUAUUACUGUUUGGUGCUGGUCAUGUUAAACACAUGAAUUCAACUGUUGUCAUUUCUAUUCUGACAAUGUCACCCUUUAAAAGCUUUGUUUUGUAUCAAAUGCUGUGCUUUUUAUGAAUGUUGUAACGUUUUAUUUUUCUGUUCAGUUUGUAGACAUCAUGGUUCCAAGAGGAGCUCAUCAUGUCUUGCUGCCUUUUCCGUGUGUCUUAAAUAAACUUAUAGGUGUU